CGUUGCCCUGCUGGAUUUACUGAGGAUCUCUCUCUCUCUCUCUCCUCCCCCCUUCCUUCUCUCUCUGUCUCCCCCCUCUUCUUUCCUCUAACCUUCUCUUCGCCCCCCACCCCCUUCCACCACAUCCACGCUUCCCUCCCUCCCUCCCUCCCUCUCUCUCUCACUUUCCUCUGCCUGCAUCUCUGAGCAAAGGGGAACUCCAACCACCUCAGGACUUUGGGGGCGCCUGCACUGUCCAUGGGAACAGCAUGCAUUGUGGGUUGCUGGAGGAACCUGACAUGGAUUCCACAGAGAGUUGGAUUGAAAGAUGUCUCAGUGAAAGCGAAAACAAACGUUAUUCCAGUCACACGUCUCUGGGGAAUGUUUCUAAUGAUGAAAAACAUAAGAACAGCCCUGCUGGAUCAGGCCCAGGAAAGACAGGAAACAGAGGCUAGGAAAGACAGGAAAGAUCAGGCCCAGGAAAGACAGGAAACAGAGGAUGAGGAAAAAGAGAACAACAGAGCAUCCAAACCACAUUCUACUCCAGCUACUCUGCAAUGGCUGGAGGAGAACUAUGAGAUUGCAGAAGGAGUCUGCAUUCCACGAAGUGCCCUCUACAUGCACUAUUUGGACUUCUGUGAGAAGAAUGACACACAGCCCGUUAAUGCUGCCAGCUUUGGAAAGAUAAUAAGGCAACAGUUUCCACAGUUAACGACAAGAAGACUUGGAACCAGAGGCCAGUCAAAGUACCAUUACUAUGGCAUUGCAGUUAAAGAAAGCUCCCAGUAUUAUGACGUGAUGUAUUCUAAGAAAGGAGCAGCCUGGGUCAAUGAAACAGGAAAAAAAGAAGUAACCAAACAAACAGUGGCGUAUUCACCACGGUCCAAACUGGGGACACUGCUGCCAGAGUUUCCAAAUGUCAAAGAUCUAAAUCUGCCAGCCAGCUUGCCAGAGGAGAAGGUUGCUACAUUUAUUAUGAUGUACAGAACACACUGUCAGAGGAUACUUGACACUGUAAUAAGAGCCAACUUUGAUGAGGUUCAAAGUUUUCUUCUGCACUUUUGGCAAGGAAUGCCACCUCACAUGCUUCCUGUACUGGGUUCUUCAACAGUAGUAAAUAUAGUUGGAGUCUGUGAUUCUAUAUUGUAUAAAGCUAUUUCUGGGGUCUUGAUGCCAACAGUAUUGCAGGCAUUACCUGACAGUUUGACACAGGUUAUCCGCAAAUUUGCCAAACAACUGGAUGAGUGGCUAAAAGUAGCUCUCCACGACUUGCCAGAGAAUCUACGUAAUAUCAAGUUUGAGCUUUCUAGAAGGUUUUCACAAAUUCUUCGGAGGCAGACAUCCUUAAAUCAUCUUUGCCAGGCAUCAAGAACUGUGAUCCACAGUGCAGACAUUACGUUCCAAAUGCUGGAAGACUGGAGGAAUGUGGACCUUAACAGCAUUACCAAACAGACGCUAUACACUAUGGAAGACUCACGGGAAGAACACAGAAAACUCAUCAUACAGUUAUAUCAGGAGUUUGACCACCUUCUAGAAGAGCAAUCGCCAAUUGAAUCAUAUGUGGAAUGGCUGGAUUCCAUGGUGGACAGAUGCGUUGUGAAGGUAGCUGCUAAGAGACAAGGCUCUUUGAAGAAAGUAGCUCAGCAGUUUCUCUUGAUGUGGUCCUGUUUUGGAACACGAGUUAUUCGGGAUAUGACUUUGCACAGCGCCCCCAGCUUUGGAUCAUUUCACCUUAUUCACCUGAUGUUUGAUGACUACGUAUUGUACCUGUUAGAAUCGCUCCAUUGUCAGGAGAGAGCCAAUGAGCUGAUGAGGGCAAUGAAAGGAGAAGGAGGAACAGAAGUACGAGAAGAGAUCAUAUUGACAGAACCUGUUCCUCCAACUCCUUCCCCAGUGCCUUUCUCUCCAGCUAAAUCCGCCACCUCCGUGGAUGUGCCAUCUGCAACCUCGCCUGUAAGCAAUCAGUCUCCAGAGUAUGUUGGCAUAGCAACUACAACAGGGGCCAUGCAAUCCUAUACAUGGUCUCUCACCUACACUGUGACAACAGCUGCUGGGUCACCUGCUGAAAACUCUCAACAGCUGCCUUGUAUGAGAAGCCCUCAUGUGCCUCCUUCAUCAGUCACACACAGGAUACCUGUUUAUCCCCACAGAGAAGAACAUGGGUACACAGGCAGCUACAAUUACAGUAGCUAUGGAAACCAGCAUCCCCACCCAAUUCAGAGUCAGUAUCCAUCUCUACCACACGACACAACGAUUUCUGCACCACUUCAUUAUUCAGCUUAUCACAGAAGCUCUUCACAGUACCCCUUCAAUAGCCCAUCAUCCCGGAUGGAGCCCUGCUUGAUGAGCAGCACCCCAAGACUGCAUCCAACUCCAGUAACUCCUCGCUGGCCAGAGGUACCCUCGGCGAAUGCUUGCUACACAAGUCCACCCAUGCACUCCACAAGAUAUGGAAAUUCCAGUGACAUGUACACACCAUUGACCACGAGGAGAAAUUCUGAAUAUGAGCACAUGCAACACUUUCCUGGCUUUGCCUACAUCAAUGGGGAAGCCACUACAGGAUGGGCAAAAUGAAAAUGACUGGUAAUAGGAUCAACCCUGUAUAUUUAAUAAAAGACAGAAAAAAACUUUUAUGCCUGGCUAGUAGAUUAAUGGAACUUUUACAUGGGCAUUUUAAAUGGCCACGAAGAUGGAAAAGAUCCUGAGGCAUUGAUAAAGAUCCAUGAGGCAUACCAUAGACCAGUAUGAUGGUUCCUUCAACCAAGCAAGAUUUUGCUGCUGCUGUAAAGCAUCAAGUAGGCCAAGGUGUGCCUUUUUAUUUUGUGUCUUUUCCGGACGUCCUGAAAUUGGCCUAAGUUAGUUGCUAUCUCACUAACUAUGGAAAUUUUUUUCCAUCUAAAUGGAUUUGCAAUGAGUGUGUAGUGAUUUGCCUGCAUUGCAGGGCCUGGGCUCUUCAAAGACUCACAGAGGUGUAAGAGGCUUGAAAAUUAUUCAGUUCGGCUCACUCUCAUCAGGUAAAAUCUUCCACUCUUUAACCCACAUUCAAAGCAAACUGUCCUAAAGUUCACUCUCACCUUCCAGUGCAGAGUCCCAGUGCAGUUGGAGCUGAUUGCAGCUCCAAUACAAAAGUGCAUUUUUUUUAAAAGUCAUUGUUAGCCCUUGGAAACAUGAAGAUAGCCCUGGAAAUGUGUGGAAAAUGAUAAUGAAAUCUCAGCAGUAGAAGAGGAUUUCCUGGGGCCAGAGAACAGGGCUACAGUGCCUUGCAUAGCAUUUUGCCUUUCCCUGUAACUAGCAGCUGGUAUAGUUUAGUUGCUCAAAGUGAGAAGCCCUUGGUUAAAAUCCCACUUUAGCUAUCAACUCACUCAGGAGCGGAGUAAGAUGUUGUUAUGGCAGUACAUCUAUGUGUUAGAACGUAUAGGUUUCCCAUAAAAUAUGGAUGGGUAAGUGCUAACGCUUCCUCUCAUCCGUAUGUUCACCCCAGCGGAACAGCCACCAUUGGAAAGGGGGGGGCACUAUCCCUGGACCACUGGGGUCACCACAGUGCCCCUUGCCCCUCCCCCUGUCUCUUGCCCCUCCCCCUGGGCACCCCCUUGUCUUUCCUCCACACCCAGCUGGCCAAUGAAGCACUCGCUAGCUGGGAGUGCAAGGUGCGGCCCCUCACCUCAAGGGUGGCUCCGGGGGGGGGCAGGUACCCCUCAGAUGUGAGCUUUAUUCCCCCCCCCUUUCUGCUUCAGAAAUCUAAUGUUUGGGACACAGCUCACCCCCACCCAUCAAUGCACUUUGCCCCUUCUGUGCCCCCCACCCCCAGUUUCUUUUUUUGUGUUGCCACCACUGCCUCACCUGCUCCUUCCCAGCUGGCAAACCAAGAGGCAGCUGAGUGCUUGCUUUCUCUUCCCUCACUCAGAGCCAAGGCGAGAAAGCAGGCAGCCAGCCAGCCAGCCGGGAAGGAGGGGGAGGGGGCUGUGCAGCCCCUUCUGGGUGCUAGCCACACCCCCUGCAGCUGACAGGGUGUGAAUGGCACAUGCGGCGCUGGGAAAGGGAUGGCUGGGGGCCGGGGCCUCUGGCGAGCAGCUCCUUAUGCCCCAGUUCUUCCCCAAGGAACUGGGCGGUGGGAACACUGCCCCCAGCAGUGUUUCUUCCAUUGAGGCUUCCAGACUGGAUCUAACCUCCGUCAGGCGACAAACAGCUGGUAAGAAGCUGCUGGCGGAGGCACAGGUGAAAGGAGGAUUGAGCACCCACCUAUGGUGUGCUUUCAGUCUGUCUCCUGGUUUUAUAGCUAGUUGACACAAUCCACUUUCUGGCCUACAGGUGUUGUCAUGAAGUGAUGUGAGGCAAGCCACUAUCUCUCAGCCUAGCCCUGCCCCCAUCUGUCACAUAGCAAUAAUAAUACUGGCCUACAUUUCCGUGGUGUGUAAGGCUACAUGAUAAUGUAAGUAAAGCUCUUGAACACUCAAAGAGUGCUAUAAGAAUGUGAAGUAUUAUUCAUUUUCAGAAUCAUGCAAAUUCAGUGAUAUGCAAAUGUACUUAAUUUGCAUAAGGCAUCUAGAUUGCCAAAUUCACCCUUUCUUGGCACAGAAAUUUUGAUUAUUUUCCAGUGCAGAACCCACCCAGCCCUGAUUAUAGCACACACCAAGCAGAGAAGGAUGCACUACAUCCAUGUUCAAAGAAUGAAACCACCCCAAUACAGCCAAGCUGUACACUGUAGAAAGAAGGGCGGGGGGCAGGGGGAGCAAUCCAUGCCCUGCACUGCUAACCAAUGUGACUUAAUCCGAUCAAAUACCUGCUCAAAGCAGCUCUCUGAGUAGUGAGUACUCUAUUUCAAUAUACCCUUUGUCAGUCUUUUGAUUUGGCUAUGUACUAUGCUGGUCUUAGUGCAUGGUUUUAUCUCCUUUUUGAGGAAUUAAUACAGUCUUUAAGGAAACGUGUUAGGGGUGAAAUCUAAUCCAUAUUUUUACCUAAAGGUAUAUGGAGCAAAGUUCUUGCUUCAUUCUUUAAGUAACACUGUAGUUCCUCAAAGAUGGUUGGGUUAUUGGAUGUUCUCAUCAUUUCCUCUUUGAGGCUUCUUAAAAUGGCAUGUGAUCAUGUUUUUCCACUUUACAUGUAAUUUUGUACUGCAAUGCACCUUUCUUUUGAUCAAAUAAGUGUUACCUUUACAAGAAGACAUGUAGCAUUGAAUGAUACACUGCCUUACGUUGGCUGUGUUUCAUACUAUGUUAUUUGUAUUUGUACAACUGUAUGGUUAUUAAAGGUGAUGGGUCCGUAAUGACAAGGGAAGCAAUCCUGCUGGUCCACCCGUAUACAGCAUAACGUGUAUGUGUGAGUGUGCGCGUGCGUGUGUAUGUACCAUGUGAGUUCCAAUGCAAAAAAAAAUUCUCUUGUCACUUAUAGAUUGGUAUGAAAACUGCUCUUCUGGUUCCUUUUGCCAGAAUAAUUCUAUACAUUUAUACAACAUUCAAAGCUGUGCCUUUGGACCUAUUCUGUGUUAAGUGUGUGUGGGAGCAAAAAAAAAACAAACUAUUGUAUUUGGGAGACAUUUUCAUUGGUCUUUUUUGGUCAUAUUCAUAGUUCUUUGUGAAUUUUUUUGUAGAAAACUAUUAACAUAGGGUUGGUUUGUUCUUUUGCUUCUGUAUUAUAAAAAGCAACAAGCAAUUAUAAUGGACUUAUUACCCUAUGGGUAAGAAAUAAUUACAUGGAAAUAUGACAUCAGGCAUUUUAAUAAUUGUUUUGUAAAUAAAAUAUUUGAUAGCACUCAA